AACCAGACUCAUAAUAAUUAGUCCACAGCGGAAUCUUCCAAAUUCAUUGGAGAAUAAAACCCUGUAUACUUACGUGUUCAGUUGCUUUAAGGCAGGGAAAAGUGGCAUCCUCAGAGAGAGAAAGAAAGAGAGUGAGAGGGUCAUCAAAUAUAUUAAAAUAAAAAAAAUAAAAACUAUUUUUUUUUCUAUAACAACAAUGCCACUCUGCUACCUAGAGUCAAUUCCUGGUUUGCUUUCAAGGCUGAGCAUGGAUAUCUGCUCUACUCUCUUUCUGUGCUGACUGCUGAAGUUUUUGUAUGGUAUUUUGAUUCUGAGGAUAGUACUAGUGGUGAUUGCGAUCAAAAUCUGGGUUUCUUCCACUUUCAGUGAUGGGAAGUAACAGCAGAGGAAAGGAUGGUGAAGGCACUUCAGGAGUUAAAAAGGAUGAGUACGAACAAGACAUCAAAUUUCUGCCACCUGAAGCGCUUUAUGGCAAUACCAAUGGAUUCACAGAUCCUUUGGUUCAGUUAACUCCACCUGGACCUGGACCAUAUGAGCCACCACCUCCCUUGCUCAUACAACCCCAGGUCCCUGUGGCUGCCAUGCAAAGACCAGCAGCGAUAGCGCAACCCCUGCCACAAAAUGGAUAUGUAGAAUCUGUUAUUCAUGAAAGGUUGAAAAAUGUGAGGAUCACAUGGAAUCAUGCAGCCACGAAUGUUGCUAUUGCAGGAUCAUGGGACAACUGGGAGACCACGGAGCCCUUGCUGAGAGUAGAUCAAAAUUUUGUCAUUGUUAAAACACUCCCUAUAGGUAUCUAUCAUUACCGUUUCAUUGUAGAUGGCUACUUGACACAUGCUCCAGAGUUCCCAUCGGCUUCUGAUGAUUCAGGUUAUGGCUACAAUAUAUUGGAUUUGCAGGAUUAUAUCCCAGAAAUAGUUGCAAGCUUAUCCGAUUUUGAAGAUCCUCCAUCACCGCCAUCAAGUUAUGAUAACACAAACUUAAAUGAAGAGGAGUUCAGCAAACCCCCACCAGAAUUACCACAACAACUACCAGUGGCAAUAAGAAAUGAGGCUUCAUCCGCAAGUGGUAGUCAUCAUGUCCCUAGGCCCACGCAUUUGGAACUGAAUCAUCUAUACAUCCACAAAACUGAUAGGGAUCAAUUUGUGGCACUACGAUCAACUUAUAAGUUUCAACACAAAUAUAUUACUGCGGAACUGUACAAGACCCUGCGCAGGGAAAGAUGAUGAAGCAUUGUGUUUUUUGUCUGCUAUUGUACUUGCCUCGUUUAAGCGGCCUUUAUUAGAACAUUUGUUAAGGUCAUUAAUCAAAUGUGUAGAAAAUCGAUUAUAGUAGGUAAAUGAAAAUUUGAUUUCCAUGUAAAAUUGGUCUUUAUGGGAAUAUUAUUUUAUUCUGGCAGUCAAUAUAUACAAUACAUAUUCAUAGACUCA